AUGUUACAAUUACAAAUUGAGGUGCCAGAGUAUGACAAAGGAUGGACACGGUUAUCAGGAGAUAUAAGCAGCGGAAAUACUGCAGCGUUGAAAGCACUGUUCAAAUAUCACGGAGUCGACCCAAAUUUACAAGAAGAACAUGGCUACUCUCUACUGCACAGCGCGGUGCACUCUCGCUCAGAAGUGGUUGUCAAACUGUUGAUUGAGAAAGAGGAAGUCAAUGUCAAUAUACGCGACAACAAAGGUCGAACUCCAUUGUGGGAAGCUGUCUCGCGAGGCUACGAGGCUGUCGUCGAGCUACUGCUAGACAGCGAUAAAGUGGACCCCGAUGCGAAAGAUGUCAACGGCCGAACACCACUAUUUGCCGCAGUGAUGGGUCGAAGUGGCAUCUCACUAUCCGCUACGAUAACGGGGGAAGGCUUUGUAAUACCUGCGGCCAUAACAGCGGUGGAGGGCAUCGUAGAAUUGUUGCUUGCUAGCGGAAGAGUUGACCCUGACGCAAAAGAUGCACGUGGACUUACGCCUUUAGCGUGGGUCUCGCGAUCUGGGGACGGGUCGAUAAAAAUUGCCAAGAUGUUACUCAGUACUGGCAGAGUGGAUGCGAAUUCUAAGAACUCGCUCGGCAUAACACCUCUUUUGUGGACUGGGCGAUCUUACAACGACAAGAUGCAGAAUUUUCUGCUCCGCAGUGGCAAACUCGAUGAAGACCUCAGGCCAAGCAAUGGCUCCGGCGACGUCGACUCUCGAUACAUCACCCAUUGGAUAAACUCAUGCGACGCCCAACACGGAACACGAUGUAUGCCAGCAUCUUUCAAGCACAAGUCACCUCAGCAAUUGCCGCAUUGGGUUAUCGACGUCGGCCGGGAGUGCUUAGUCCCUGGGAAUACUGUACCGCGUUACGUUGCCUUGAGCUACGUAUGGUCACAAGAAUCUUUCAACGCCAGGGAUAAAAAGCGUUCAACUGGCAGUAUCUUGUUGAAGAAGCUCAAUCUAUCAGCUUUCCAAAAACCUGGUCAUCUGAAACACAUAUGGUCGCGACUCCCUACCGCUGUCAAGGACGCCAUACUGUUAGUCCGCCGGCUCAAAGAGAUUCAUUUGUGGGUCGACUGUUUAUGCAUCGUCCAAGAUGACGAAAGUACAAGAGAGCAAGUGGAUCAUAUGGGCGAUAUAUACUCUGGUGCAUAUUUUACCAUCAUAGCGGCGACUUAUCGCGGCCAGCUAUCUAGCUCUUGGGUUGAAGCUAGAGGAGAUGACGAGGUAGAACAUAUGUACGACAAACUCUACAGUUCCAAGUGGGCUACCCGUGGCUGGACCUUCCAGGAGCAGAUGCUCUCCAAAAGAGCUAUUGUAUUUACCGAUCGCUACAUGUUUUGGGAAUGUCAGCAAGAUGUUUGGAGCCCAGACGGACCAAGGCCGGAAAUGACUGGGACCAGAAGUGCUACCUUUACAGUUCCACACUACGAGAAGGCUAGCCAACACGUCGCAGAGUCAGAGAAGAUGAAGACACAGGUAUCAUAG